UCUCUUCCUGAUUUGCUACCUCUGUAUCUCCUUCUCUCUCCAUAAUAUCGUUUCACCCAUUGUUUCCGGCGAUUGCUUGUCUCACUAUUUUAACAUAAACCCAUCUUGUGUUGCCUCUUUUCAGUCUGAUCACUCCUGAAAAACAAUUUGAUUCCCAAAGAAGAUGCGGAUUGUAAUCAAGUUUCCCCAUCUGAGUUUCCACAAAUCAGGUCAUCAACUGCUUCAAUUUGAUUUUACUAAAUUAGCAGUCUAAUCCAACAAAUUCAAUCAUAAAUUUCGUUUUGUGUGCGAUAUGGGCGAAAGAACAAGCAAUGAGAUGGAAAACUUAUCAAUACAAACAAAAACCAGAUUUCCUAGAGAUUUAUUACGAAGAUUUACAGUAGGCAGCGCCGAUGCCGGACCUCAUCGAAGAUCCGAUCCGGAAGAGGAUCUGGGUUCGGGUUCCGGCGACGAGGUGGAGUUGAAUCUAGGGUUGUCGUUAGGCGGACGAUUUGGUGUUGACAAGAGUAAUACUAAGUUGUUGAGGUCGUCUUCAAUUGCUGCAAUUUUGCCGGUUGUAAGAGACGACGACGUGUUAGCUAGUGGUCAAGGGAGUACAGGUCCGGGUCGCUCUUAUUCCGGCCUUAUCCGAACAUCGUCCCUACCGGUGGAGACGGAGGAGGAAUGGAGAAAAAGAAAGGAGCUUCAGAGCUUAAGAAGACUCGCCGCAAAGCGCCGCCGGUCGGAAAAACAGAGAAAUUUGACUAGAGGUGAACGAGAUGAGUACGUGGCAGCUAUGAGCCGCGUCGGGUCCUCACCGGGACCGCCAUUCGGGUCGGAUAAAUGGCCGUCGAGUGGUGGAACAACGACAACCGGUGGUACUGGUAGUGGUGGUGGUGGUGUUGGAGGGUUGUCGUCGCCGGCUUCACAGGAGUCGCAAGGAAGUAUGUCAGAAUAUCAGAGUACGCAUCGUCAAGGAUCAAGCGGAAGUGGUGGAGAAACAAGCUCGCUACAAGAACGUAAUGAUCAUCAUGUGAUUGGUUCAUCAUGUUCAAAACCACCGGCGGGUGGUGGUGGUGGUGAUCACCGGGAAAGUACUCCGGCGAGGAAUCAGGGGAAGGAGACAGGGUCGAGUUCAAUGGAGGAGAUGCCUUGCGUUUUCACUCAAGGAGAUGGGCCAAAUGGAAGGGUGAUUGAAGGAAUUUUGUAUAAGUAUGGAAUAGGGGAACAAGUGAAGAUACUGUGUGCUUGCCAUGGUAGCUUUUUAUCUCCGGCGGAGUUUGUGAAACAUGCAGGCGGAAGUGACGUUCUUCAUCCAUUGAGACACAUCGUAGUUAAACCUAGUUCCUUCUCAUGAUCAUCGAUGAAAAAUGGUGGGGUCUUGAUUCUUAAUUAAUAUAUUAAUAUUGUUUUAGAUGUUUUUAUAGAGUAUUAUUAUUAUUAUUAUUAUUAUCAUCAAUUUUGAUGCAAGAUGAUAGACCCUUAGAGAUGAGUGAUGUUAUAUGAUAAACGAUAUGUAUGGGGCUUGUAAUUUAUCAAUGGAAGUGAAAGGAUUAGCAA